GCCGUGGUGACCGGCGGUGCCUCUGAGCUGCCCGCAGCAGCUGGGAGUCUGGUGGAACUCAGCGGCGCAAGCCUGCCGUUAUCAAGUCGGCCUGGAUGGCAGGGACACACUGGUGCAAAGACUGCCGAAACCACAAGCGUUACUGGUUGCAAGUGCUUUUCGGACCGUGGGACGGAUGAAAGGUGGAAGCUGUAGGAAGCCCAGCCGGGCUGUAGCUGCUCUGUUUAUACCAAUUAUCCUGCUGAUGCUGACCUUCAGGGCGGCAUCAAGCAGCCAGAAGAUGUCACAAACAUCUAUGGCACAUGCAACAGCCACGGCUGCAGGGCCAGGUCCCGGCCUGACAGAUGACCUCCCAGGCCUCCGGGCAGUGGCAGACUUCUUAGUCAGCGAACACGCUCAUGUUUGGCUUCUGUCCCUGGUGGGCUCUGUUGCUGUAGGCCUCAGUGGGAUUUUCCCCCUGCUUGUCAUUCCUAUCGAAGCUGGAGCAGCCCUCAAAACCGAAGCUGGAUGCCAGAAGCUGAAGCAGCUCUUGAGCUUUGCUAUUGGUGGUCUCCUUGGCGAUGUAUUCCUUCACCUGCUUCCAGAGGCGUGGGCACUCUCUGGCUCUUCAGCCGGUAAACAAAACCACUACAUGACUCAGGGCCUGUGGGUAAUCGUUGGCCUGUUGGCCUUCCUACUCCUGGAGAAGAUGUUCCCAGACCAAGACAGCCAGGAGGAUCCCACUUCAGAUUCAGACCUGAAUUUUAACUCUGCUACGCAGUCUAAUUCAGUUUUCAGUGGAAAGGCAGUGGCAUCACUCAGAAAUGGGCACCACGCUGAGUCAUGGAAAUCCUCCAAACAACAGAGUCUGCAGGAAAGAUCAGAGAAAAUCAAGACAAGUGGGUACCUAAACCUGCUGGCCAACUGUAUUGACAACUUCACCCAUGGACUGGCAGUAGCAGGGAGUUUCCUGGUUAGCAAAAAGGUUGGCUUCCUCACCACGUUUGCCAUCUUGCUCCAUGAAAUCCCCCACGAGGUGGGAGAUUUUGCCAUUCUGCUGAGGGCCGGCUUUGACCGGUGGAGCGCCGCUCGCAUGCAGCUGUCCACGGCGCUGGUUGGGGUCUUGGGUGCUUGCUUCGCCCUGUACACUCAGUCACCACAAGGUACAGAAAACGCCACUGCCUGGAUAUUGCCUUUCACCUCUGGAGGCUUCCUCUACAUAGCCUUGGUGAAUGUGGUGCCUGACCUGCUGGAGGAGUCCAGUUUUAGGCAGUCCCUGCUGCAGAUCCUGCUCAUUUUCUGUGGCGUGGCUGUCAUGGCUCUGCUCUCUGCCAUUGUCGACUGAACAUGGAGGAAACUCCCCCUCUCGCCUUACCAAACACUAAAACCCAGCACUGGAGAGAAAUCCUGUUCUCCACCUACACCUCAUGUCUGGAAUCCUUUAUUCACGGAAACUUCAUCUUGAUUCAGAGAUUACGUCAUCGCCAUGUCACACUUAAACGAACAUCAGAAAGAAUAACGGCACUUUAUGGAUGGAUGGAUGACUGAAAGAAAGAUCUGCAGACAGGACAUUUGCGUGUGGCGGACUUAAAGAUCAAGGGAAUUCAGAGGGUUUGUAUGGAUAGCUGUUACCAAAUUGUCUUAAAUUGUUGAUCAGACAAUCAUGUUGUUUUGCACAUACAUUUCCGCAGGUAAACCUGAUGUUCCUGCUCAACACAGCGGUACUAUUGGACCUCCUCCUUUUAAAAUGUACUCAACCCUUGUAUGUAUUGUUUUGUAUUGGUACUGUUGUGCAUCUCCAGUUUCUGAUCUAGCUGCUGCAUAUUUAUUGAAAAGGAGACAAGCAACAUACAGCUUUUUCAGACAUGCACCACCACCACUCCAUCAUUCUGUCGUGUUAAGAAAUAAGUGCCAAGAAGUCAGGGCGGUCUGUUAAACGAGUGUCAGGUCUGCACCAAAAGCUAAUUGUUUUUCUGUUUGUGUCUUCCUCGCACAGUACAAUCUGCACCUUUUUUCUGCACAAGUUGGUGUUUACACACAAAACUCUGCCGGAAUAAAUAUUUGUGAUAAAGUUGAAAGAAGAAGAUUGGUACUGUUAAUACUCAGUUUCUGACUUGUUGCAAAGAAGUCUGACAAAGUUAACAAAGUUAGUAUGUUGUUGACAAGGCUCUUGGUGAAAGUUUCCAACCCUGAAGAAAGACUUGUAUAACUAUAUAUAUGUUUAAAAAAAGAACUAUGGAGAAAACUACGAACUUUCAUAAAUGUCUCUUGUUGAUUAGCUUUAUUUUAUCCCCAUUUGGUUUCAGGUAAUAUUGUUUGAGCAAACAUACCCCUCCAGUGGUCAUAAGCUUUGUUUGCUGUAGAAAAGUUUUGUAUGAUCGGCAACUCUCUGACGCCUGUCCCCCCUUUUAGAAAGCUGAACAUUCUUCCAGUACAGGACGCAAACAUUCGUCAGGUGUGUGUGUGUGUUUAUACAUAAAUAUAUGUUCUUGCUUUUAUCUCUACCACCAUCAUUUAGCAACUCCUUCAAAUAUAAGUCCCAAAUCCAUUCGUAUAAUACUAGACAGGUUGAUCAUCUUCACCUUCCUCUUUACCAAACGAGACAUGGUCAGUCAUCAUACUUUACAGGUAUGGAACUCCAAAGUGCUCAUUAUCAAGAGCUUGUUUAGAAAUUUGUGAUGUCUAAUUAUUUAUUGACAUGUAUAUAUAUUUGUUUUCUUGCUUCUUUUUCACUGUAUUGUUUUUCACGUAUUUCUUUGUUUUCAUUGGAUUGCUGCCUACUGAUUGGUUAGUUUUUCUCCUCAUUUUGUGUGCUUCUUGUUAUUUUUAUUUUUUAUUUUUUUUUGGGGGGGGGGUGCUAUUUGUUUUUCUCCUGUGGCUUCUCGACCUCUCCUGACACGUCUUUCAUUUUUUCAUUAUCUGGAUUUUAUGCAGUCUUAUGUGUGUGCAAAUAAAAUAAAAUAAUGCUG